UAUUCGCAAUCAAUUUUAUUUUGAAACAAAGCAUCAAACAAUACAAGAUUCAUUUGUUCCUUUUUCAGAUGGAAGCUGAUGUCUCUCUUCUCUCUGCAAAACCCUAAAUUGCUACAAAAUUCCCAAUUUCCUCUUCUCUCCUUCAAUUUCAACCCAAAAUCUUUGCUUUUCUGCUUUUUGAAUCUUCUCCUCUAAUGGGUACCUCGAAUCUUGUCUUGCUUUUCUUCUCUCUGCUGUGUUUUUCUGCUUUGGCGGCUGCUAAGGUUGUACUGAUUGGGAACAACAUCACUCUCUCAUUCGAUGAUAUUGAAGCUAAUUUCGCUCCGGCAGUCAAAGGGUCUGGAGAAGCUGGUGUCUUAUAUUUAGCAGAGCCCCUUGAUGCAUGUACAGAACUGACAAAUAAAGUUGAACAACUUCCAAAUGUGUCCUCACCUUAUGUUUUGUUGAUUAGAGGGGGAUGUAGCUUCGAGGAAAAGGUGAGAAGGGCACAAAGUGCUGGCUUCAAAGCUGCAAUUGUCUAUGACAAUGAAGAUGGUGGUGUCUUGGUUGCAAUGGCAGGAAAUUCAGCUGGUAUAAGAAUACAUGCUGUGUUUGUAUCAAAAGCUUCGGGUGAAAUACUAAAGAAAUACACUGGGUUUACUAAUGUGGAAACAUGGCUCAUUCCGACUUUUGAAAACUCAGCUUGGUCUAUCAUGGCCAUCUCGUUCAUUUCCCUACUAGCUAUGUCUGCAGUGCUGGCCACUUGCUUCUUCGUCCGCAGACAUCGCAUAAGAAGAGAAAGGCCUCGAGCUUCUCGUGUUCGUGAAUUUCAUGGUAUGAGUAGUCGCCUAGUGAAAGCAAUGCCAAGUUUGAUAUUUACUGCUGUUUUGGAAGAUAACUCUACAUCAGGAACUUGUGCUGUCUGCCUUGAAGACUAUUGCGUUGGAGAGAAGCUCAGAAUUCUUCCCUGCUGUCACAAGUUUCAUGCUGCCUGUGUGGAUUCUUGGCUUACUUCAUGGAGAACCUUCUGUCCAGUUUGCAAGCGCGAUGCUAGAACUGGCCUUAGUGAACCACCACCUUCAGAAUCCACACCUCUGCUCUCAUCGACACCAGCAUCCGUGGCAUCCUCUGUCUUAUCUUCUGUGAGGUCAUCAUUUGCUUCAUCUUCAGCAAUACAAAUUUCUCGGGCAGCUUCACAAUCCAACCACUCUUUAGCUAGUACCCCUUGUCUUCCACCAUCCAUGAGGUCCUUCCGUCAGUCCCCUUCCCUAAGCAUCAGCCGCAGCUCUGUAGAUCUUAGGAACGCUUCCCAAAGAUCUCUAGCUUCUCACUUGAAUUCAGCAUAUUCCAUCGGAUACCCAUCCAUGUCACCUCUUAACUCAAGGUACAUGUCUCCACACAUUCCGAGUCCAAGCAAUGCUUCAGUGAGUUAUAUUGGUUCUUCCAGUCACCAACAACGUACACUCCGGUAUAGUGAGUCAACAGCAAGUUUUAUUGGUUCUUCCAGUCAUCAACAGCAUCCACUCCGGUACAGCGAAUCGGCGGCGAGCUUCUCACCGUUUGCAUCUGCAAACUCCCUCCCAGAAUGUUAAAUUGCUUACUUUGAUUUAUCAUAUGAUUGAGAUGUUUGUGCAGUUGAACCAGUAAUUGCCAAGUCACUCACGGUAGAUGUUCGGUUUCACGAUUUGCACCAAAUCCCAGGCACCUUUACUCAGAAGCUUAGACUUGUAGCUUCUAACCAGAAAUGAUUCUAGAGCAUUUCAGCGUGGAACCGAGCAUGCAACACUUUGGCAUUUCCUAUGUGUCUACUCCGGCACUUGACUUCCUUCUUGGCACCUGGUUUUUCAUUGUAGCAUUUUUGUGAUUUUAGUUGUAUUUACAUGUGCUGGUUAAAGUUCUUACAUUUUCAGGUUCAUGAGCUUCCUUACGGUCAUGAGUGUUUUGUUUGUGCUUUGAAUAAUGAUGUUUUCAUAGCCUUAAUUUUCAAGUACAUAUAACUGCUAACAAGAGGAAUGUUGUGCUGUAUAGACAGAUUGAAGUCCGAAGAGUUCUUUAUGUUCUCGUGGGUUUGUCCAACUGAAUGAUUGAGAGUUUGUGUGAUA